UGGCGGGGGGGGCACGGGGGGAAACCGGGAGGAACCGGGAGGAACCGGAGGCACCGGGAACCGGGCUGGUGGCCUGGGAGGGACGCUGGGGACCCAGCGGGGAUGCUCCUGCGCUCCUGGAAGUCGCUGUUCACCGGGCGGCUGCUGCUCCUGACCAACACCCUGAGCUGCGGGGGCCUCCUGGCAGCCGGGGACUGCCUGCAGCAGGAAUGGCAGCGCCGCAAGCGCCCCGACAGCCAGCUCCAACUGGGACGUACUGGGCGGAUGUUUGUGGUGGGCUGCAGCCUGGGGCCGCUGAUGCAUUACUGGUACCUCUGGCUGGACUCGGCAUUCCCGGCCCGGGGCGUGCGCUGCCUCAGGACGGUGCUGAAGAAGGUGCUCAUUGACCAGACCGUGGCAUCGCCCAGCAUGGGAGUCUGGUACUUCCUGGCCAUCGGCACCCUGGAGGGCCAAACUCUCCAGGAGAGCUGGGACGAGCUGAAGGAGAAAUUCUGGGAAUUCUACAAGGCUGACUGGUGCGUGUGGCCGGCGGCGCAGAUCCUCAACUUCCUCUUCCUGCCUCCCACCUACCGCGUGGUUUAUGUCAACGUGGUGACCCUGGGCUGGGACACCUACCUGUCCUACCUCAAGCACCGGGAGCCGCCGCGGCAGAGCCAGCGCAGCGCCGGGGCGUAGCGAGGGCACCGGGCCGUUCCUGCCUGCUCCAAAAGGAUUUCUGGCCAUUGUGGAUCCCCCUCAGCCGAGGGAGGGGAUGGCCAGAGCCAGCCCCCCACCUGCCUGCUGCCUGAUUAAUUCGUCUGCUAAUUACAGCCAUGGGUUGGGGUUGUAACAAUCUCUUGUUGCAGGAUAACCUGUAAAGUGAUUUUCUUCUGGGAUUUGCUGGCGGAGCCGGGGUGAGGAGGAGCUGCUGCAGCCCCUGGGAAGGGUCCUGGCUGGAUCUGUUCCCUCUCCAGGGCAAACCUGCCCCUUGCUGCUCCUCCAGCACCUUCCAGCCACCCAAAUCCCCACAAAGUGGAUUUUGGGAAGGAAUUCUUCCCUGUGAGGGUGGCGAGGGGCUGGGCUGGAAUUCCCAGAGCGGCUGUGGCUGCCCCUGGAUCCCUGGAAGUGCCCAAUGUGCCAGCCUGGCACAUUGAAAGUGUCCCUGCCCCUGGCAGGGGUGACAAGGGAUGGGAUUUCAGCUCAUUCCACCCCAAACCCACUCCAUGAUCCACUCCUGCAGCUCCUCACUCCUUCCCCUCCUGCUUUUUCUCUUCCAGCUCCAGGAUAAAAUCACUCCACUCCCCCCUCGCUGCCUCAGCUCCCGUUUUCCCCCCGGCUCCGGGCGGGGGCUGCAGCCACCUGGAUCCUCUAUAAAUAGGGAUGUGAUUGCACCCGCCGGCUCUGCGGCGCUCGGGAGGAGGAGGAGGGAUGGAGGGAGAGGGGGAGGUUGGAGCCAAAUUUUGGCCGACUUUGGGCCAUCACAUCCCUCUGCUCCCAGCCCUGGGCGAGCUGGACGCUCCCUGCAUAGCCCAAGAACUGAAUUAUUCCCAUUUUUUCAAUGAAAACUGCCUGAAUGGGAAUAUUCUUUUUUUUUUUUUUUCCCUUGAUUUUUAAAGCUGUGCCUUAAAGCUCUGCCCUGGUCCCUGCUGUCACACACUCAGGGGGGGACUCAACUCCUCCCUCUGCAGCAGCAGGAGCCAGCUGGGGGAUGAUAAUUAAAGAAAAAAAUCAGAUUAAUUUUGCUCCUCUCUGGCAACUCAGGGACCCCGCGGAACUUCUGAUCAGCAUCGGUUUAUUUCUUCACAACAUUUCUUUUAAUACAGUGAUUUUUAGGAAAUUGUACUCUUUUUGACACUUUUGACAUUUGUACAGUACAGUGUAACUCUUCCAUAAGUAAACUUCACAAAAAAGAGAGAGGGGAGGAGGGAAAAGGUGGAGGGAAAGGAGAUGGAAUCAUGGUUGGGGGGGAGAAAUAGAGGGGGAAAUCUGUAAAAUAAAGACACAGCGCUCCGGGAAAAAUAAAUACAGGGCAGCUCUGUCAUGGCUACGGGAAUAUCCACUUAUUCACAGUCUCCACAGAAGCACAGAACUACAGGAAAACGAGAUCCCAAAUCCCUGGAGCAAACCAGCCGAGCUCCCAGCCCCGCUCGCCCCCCACGAGCCCAACCCGGGGCCGAUUCGCUCCAGUGGGCUCGGCCUCGCUGACUGAAUUAAUUAUUCAAUCUUAUUUAAAUAAUAAGAGUUUUCUUGUGGUUUGGUUGGUUUUUUUUUUUUUGUCGUUGUUGUUUUGUUUUUGUUUUUUUUUUUUUUAAAAGUGAUAUUCACAAGCAAGGUUACCACACUGAGAGAGAGAGGAAAACAAAACCCAAAAAAAAAAAAAAAAGAAAAAAAAUCAGAAUAUAUAUAUAUAUAUAUAUAUAAAUGCACCACCACGGCCACAGCACAGCAGGUCACGCGCACAGCGUCACUUCCUACGCCUAUUUACAAGGAAUUUCUGUAUGUACAAGGAGGAAGACGGCGGGAGCAUAAAUUAGCAUCUAUUUAUACAAAUAAACAAGAGUCAGGAGAGAUCCAUCCAGCUGGAGGGGCAGGAGAGCCGGGCACGCCGAGCCUCCGGCAGCGGGAGCUCGCUCGGGGUGGAGGGGAGCACACCAGGGGCGAUGGGGAGAGAUGGGGGGGUCCUGUCACUGCACCCACACGCUGGGAAAGGGGGUCCCAGGGUUGGGGAUCCCCAGGACAGGGGGUUCCAGAGCAGG